CAACAAACUUCUUGGUUUUCCUUUUCUCUUGGAAACUUUUCAUCUUCUCUCCUCCAAGGAAAUUCUACCUUUAUUUCUCUUAUAUUUUUCUGAUAGUUCUGAUUCUGAAGUUUUCUUUAAGGGCUCUGACACUCUCUGAGGCACUAGCUGUUAGAUGCACUUCUUCUGUGUUCUUCUACACUGAAAUAGAGUUUCAGCUGCCUGAAUUAUGCAAGUAAUUAGCACAUGAUUUAGAGGAUAAGAAACUGACAGCCAUGAAGUUCAUGAAACUGGGAUCUCGUCCAGAUACCUUCUACACUGCUGAGGCAGUGAGGUCAGUCUCUUCUGAAGUUUCCAGUGACCUCAUAAUUCAAGUGAAGGGAAGUAGAUAUCUUCUUCACAAGUUUCCCCUGCUGUCCAAAUGUUUGCGACUGCAAAGGUUAUGCUCAGAAUCUCCUGAUUCUACUCAGAACCAGAUAGUUCAACUUCAUGAUUUCCCUGGUGGGGUGGAAGCAUUUGAGUUGUGUGCAAAGUUCUGCUAUGGAAUUACCAUCACUCUCUGUCCUUACAACAUUGUAGCCGCACGAUGUGCUGCUGAAUACUUGCAGAUGUCUGAGGAGGUUGAGAAGGGGAACUUGAUUUAUAAGCUUGAGGUUUUCUUCAAUUCAUGCAUUCUACAUGGCUGGAAGGAUUCUAUUGUGAGUCUUCAGACCACAAAAGCAUUGCCUUUGUUGUCAGAGGACUUGGGAAUUACAAGUAGAUGCAUUGAAGCUGUUGCCUCAAAAGUCUUAAGCCACCCCUCAAAGGUUAGUUUGUCACAUAGUCAUUCCAGAAGGGUGAGGGAUGAUAUAUCUUGCAAUGGGACCGAAAGCCUUAGACAUAAAUCAGCAAACAAAGGAUGGUGGGCUGAAGAUUUAGCAGAACUGAGCAUAGACCUCUACUGGAGAACCAUGGUAGCAAUUAAAUCUGGUGGGAAGAUACCUUCAAAUCUCAUUGGUGAUGCAUUGAAGGUUUAUGCAUCUCGAUGGCUACCAAAUAUUACAAAUAAUGGAUAUCCCAAGAAGCAAGGUGCUUCUGACUCAGACUCAGACUCGGCGAGUGAAAUAACUUCAAAGCAUCGUCUGCUAUUGGAAUCAAUAGUAAGCUUGCUUCCAGCAGAGAAAGGGGCUGUUUCUUGUAGCUUUCUUCUUAAACUCUUGAAGGCAUCCAAUAUUCUUAAUGCUUCUUCCUCUUCAAAGAUGGAAUUAGCCAGAAGAGUAGGACUUCAAUUGGAGGAAGCCACAGUGAAUGAUCUUUUAAUACCCUCACUAUCUUACACAAAUGAUACGCUGUAUGAUGUUGAGUUGGUGAUGACUAUAUUGGAACAAUUUAUGUUGCAAGGGCAGAGUCCCCCAACAAGCCCUCCAAGAUCCAGGUUGGCCUUUGAAAGAAGGAGGUCUCGUUCGGCAGAGAAUAUUAACUUUGAGUUCCAGGAGAGUAGGAGGUCCUCUUCAGCAUCUCACAGUUCAAAAUUGAAGGUGGCAAAGCUUGUGGAUAGGUAUCUUCAAGAAGUUGCCAGAGAUGUGAAUUUUCACUUGUCGAAAUUCAUUGCUCUUGCUGAAAUUAUACCAGAUUUUGCAAGACUUGAUCAUGAUCAUCUCUACAGAGCUAUUGACAUUUAUCUUAAGGCUCAUCCAGAACUCAACAAGAGCGAAAGGAAAAGACUAUGUCGAAUUCUUGACUGCAAAAAACUGUCCAUGGAAGCCUGCAUGCAUGCAGCACAAAAUGAGCUACUCCCUCUACGUGUUGUUGUCCAAGUUCUCUUCUUUGAGCAAGCUCGAGCAGCAGCAGCUGGUGGCAAAGUGACUGACUUGCCAAGCAAUCUCAAAGCAUUACUCGCUACUCAUGGUAUUGACCCAUCAAAACAUAAAGCACCAUUAAGCACUACUACAAGUAUACAUGCUGAGGAUAAUUGGAGUGUCUCUGGCUUCAAAUCACCAAAGUCAAGGUCUUCAACUCUGAGGAUGAAGCUAGCUGAGGAUGAUGACUUAGAUGAAAAUGAUUUCCCCCACGAUGGAAUUGGGAGAAACUCUAGAUUUAAGGCUUUCUGUGCUCUUCCUACCCAACCCAAAAGAAUGCUUAGUAAGUUGUGGUCUACCAAUAGAACUGCCACUGGAAAGAAUUGAGUGAAUUCUGUUAAUUUUCCAGUUGGUAAUGGUAAUUUAGAGGGGUAGCAUAUACUCAAUGUUUCUUUCUGCAAAAUGCCUUGUAACAUCUAGGAAAAUCAAAGAAUCUAAAUGUCCAUUGUUGAUGUAACCUAUAAUAAUAAGAAAAGAUUUUUCUCAACAUGAGGAAAUCUCUUUGGUAAUUUUCAUACGUCAAAAGCUGGAAUAGGAAUCUUAGGUGUCAGUGACAAAUCGUGGGGCCAAUGGUGCUGCGUUUGUCUACAAAUAUGCAACAUCUGUCUAUUGUCUUUUUACUGUAGCUCCUUCUGUCCUGACCUUAUUGACAAAAAAUUUCGUAUUUUCAUGUGUCUCUGACGCAAUGCAAUACUGUAAUAUCCGAUUAUAUUUGUC